AUGGCGAACGCAUCCUACCAACCACCGCCGCUCACCGGGCUGCGCGUACUCGAGUUCGCAGGCCUCGCGCCAGGGCCAUUUGCAGGCAUGCUGCUAGCCGACUACGGCGCAACCGUGCUGCGGCUCGACCGCGCGCCAGCCCACAAGUCCGGCGCGCCCAGCGACCAGCUCACGCGGCGCAAGACCAGCAUCUGCGUGAACAUGAAGACGCCAUCCGGGCUCGAGCUCAUCAGAAAAAUCGUCCCCAUCGUAGACAUCAUCAUCGACCCCUUCCGGCCCGGCGUGCUCGAAAAAGCUGGACUGGGUCCUGACGUGCUGCUGAAGCUCAAUCCGAGAUUGAUAGUGGCGCGCAUGACGGGGUUUAGGAGAGACGGGAAGUACAGCGCCAUGGCGGGGCACGACAUAAACUACAUUGCUGUCUCCGGCGUCUUGUCGUUGUUUGGGCGCAAGGGAGAAAAACCGUACCCGCCCGGCAACCUCAUGGGCGACUUUGCUGGCGGCGGUGCCAUGUGCUUUAUCGGUAUCUUGCUGGCGUUGCUGGCGAGAGAGAGGAGCGGGAUCGGACAGGUGGUCGAGGCGAAUAUGGUGGACGGUAGUGCGAUUCUUGCGACGAUGCCGAGGCUGGGGAUGAAGAGCCAGAUUUGGGGAGCGGAGAGGGGCACCAACAUGCUGGACGGCGGGGCGCCCUUUUACGACACUUACGAGACCAGGGAUGGAAAGUACAUGGCUGUUGGUGCGAUCGAGCCACAGUUCUGGGCUGCGCUGCUCAAGGGCCUUGAGCUGAAGCCGUCUGAUCUGCCCGGUAGUCGUGACAACAAGGCUGACUGGCCAAAGCUGAAGGACCUCUUCACCGCCGUGUUCAAGAGGAAGACGCGCGAUGAGUGGGAGGCCAUCUUUGACGGUACAGACGCCUGUUGUACACCAGUAUUUACCCAGCCAGAAUUGGAAGCGCAAGGGUUCGACCAGCGGCCGGCGGUAACGCUGAAGUCGUCGCCAGCAUUGGCUGUCCACGAAGGCGAGGAUUCGAGGCCUGCCGCUGUGGGGCAGGGCAUUGGUCUGGAAGGUAGCGGAUGGAUCGAGCGGGGAUUGAAGGCUGGCGACGGCGGAGAAGAGACGCUUACGAGGUGGACAGGGUGGACCAAGGGUCGACAGUUUGUUGACGAGAGCGGCCUGCUGGGAUGGAAGGACGCGGCGAAGCUAUGA